AAGUGCAGAGAAUACUCAAAAAUUCUUUGCUCCUGAGAGCGGAAGUAGUAAGUACCUCAACCUCUUUGGUCCGGGCGGCCAACCUACGUCUCCAGGAGAGUGCACAACACGAUGGCUCACAGGCUGCUCGUCCGGAGGGUUUGGACCGUGUCUGUGAGGGAUGUCGUGCGCUGCCCCCGUGCCCCAUCAACCACAGCCCUCUACUCAACUUCAGUGUGCGCCUCGGCACGCACGCAUCCCCUUUUGUCAUCCAGACGUUCGCUGCCACGGGCCCUGCCCGUCACCUCCCGCCGCGAGGUCUCCUUCAAUGUCCAGGAUCAGGAGGAUUUCACCGAAAGGGUCAUCAAUAGCGAGCUGCCCGUGGUCAUAGACUUCCAUGCCCAUUGGUGUGGACCUUGUAAAAUCCUCGGGCCAAGGCUAGAAAAAGCCAUUGCCAAACAUAAGGGACGCGUAACCAUGGCCAAAGUUGACAUAGAUGAACACACUGACCUUGCCAUUGAGUAUGGGGUUUCUGCGGUUCCCACGGUGAUCGCCAUGAGGGGUGGUGAUGUCACCGACCAGUUUGUGGGGAUCAAAGACGAAGACCAGUUGGAUUCCUUUGUCAAGAAGCUUAUUGGACAAUAAACCUGUCCCCUCCAUGUACCUCUGUCCCCUCCUCACCCCCCUCCCUUCCCUCCCUCCUCUUCCUCCCUCCCUUCCUUUCUUUCUCCCUUCCUUUUUCAAAUACACUCAUUUCCUCAGUAUCCUAGAAUUGCACCCAGUGGUCACACUGAGCAUUUGCAAAGACUCACUGCCCAUCCGACUACUCUUAAGGACACACACACACACACACACACACACACACACACACACACACACACACACACACACACACACACACACCCUACACGCAGCACCUUCAGCUAUUCCACUGUCUCUGCAUUGCUGGUGCAUAUGUGAUGUGUGUCUGUAAGCUCACGUAUGCAUCCAUCCCCAUCCACUAUCUCCAUGUCUAUAACAUAUUACACACCUCCUCCCCCCAUCUGACACAAGGUGGUGGAGGAGGGGCGUCUGAGCCAUUUCUAUGGGUCUUCUUGUUAUCAUAGAUUGUAUAGAGCAGUGUUUCCCGGUUGGCCCCCUUCUCGCUCUGCAAGAACCAGAGGACUCCGUGCUUUAGUCCUCCAGCCUCUGUCUCUGUGUGGCAGCCUCGGCUCUGACCUCAUCACAUUGUUUUUAAUGACUCGGAGGCAUCUGAAGGGUUUUCAACCAAUCAGGCGGUAGGAGGGGGGAGAAAGACAGAAAACAUGUAGUACUCUGGGUGGCCAGGAGGGGGUGGGAUAGGGAAACACUGGGUAUAAAGAACCUGUACAGCGACUUGAACUGUACUAUACUGUAUCAAAACUGGGAUGACUAUGUCUGGCGUAUGGAGUUGAUUUCGGGCAAUGUAUUGUAUGAGAGGUAUUAUAGCUCUCUGCAUUUCUUAUCUUUGUCCACCAGAGGGCGGGCUUCCUCUAGCAGAACAGGCACCACAGUCUAUUUUACACCGCCAUGCCUACUAUUGAGAAAGCUGAAUGUCUUGACAUUGAGGGAAAGAGCUGAUUUUAUGUAUGUAUUGUAUGUACUGUACGUAUUGUUUUAUGUAUUUUUUUUUUCUCUGUGCUUUACCGUUCAGCUCUUCUCGGUCUUGUUUUCUACUGAAAUAUCUGUGAAGCGGGGAAGCACGAACAAGGUUGAGGGAUUUGAUUUAGCUUUUAUUUCAAUACAAUAUGUAAUAUGACCAAGCGAUAUGAUUUAAAUAAAAGAGUUCUAAGAUA